AUGCCCAGCAUCCAGAACCGCACCGCCGUCGGCAUCAGCGGCAUGGGGCGCAUCGGCCGCGCCGUCUUCCGUGCCUCGCUCGUGCGCGACGACCUCGAAGUCGUCGCCAUCAACCACACAGCGCCCAACCUCAAGACGCUCCUCUACUCGAUCCACUACGACUCUACGCACGGCUGCCUGCCCAACGCGGCCGACCUGACCGUCGACGAGGCCGCCAACUGCCUCGUCUGGCGCGGUCGGCGCAUCCAGCUCUUCAGUGAGCGUGACCCGCUCAAGCUCGACUGGGCGAGCGUCGGCGCCGAGUACAUCGCCGACUGCACGGGCAAGCUUCUCACGACCGCGCUCGCCAGCCAGCACCUCGAGGCCGGCGCCAAAAAGGUCGUCGGCGUCAACCGCAAGGAGUACCGUCCCGAGAUGAAGGUCGUAUCCAACGCGAGCUGCACUACCAACUGCCUCGCACCCCUCGCCAAGGUCCUCAACGACGCGUUCGGCAUCGAGACCGGCAUGAUGACUACGAUCCACGCCUCCACGUCGUCGCAACCCGUCCUUGACGGCUACAGCAAGAAGAGCGUUCGCCUCGGUCGCGGCGUCGGGCAGAACAUCAUCCCGACGAGCACCGGCGCGUCAAAGGCGGUCGCGCUCGUCCUUCCGGAGCUGGCGGGCAAGUUCACCGGCAUCAGCGUCCGGGUCCCGGUCAACAACGUCAGCCUCGUCGACCUCACCGUCACCCUCGAGCGUCCCGCCGCGACGAAGGAGGAGCUCCUCUUCCCUUUGCGCGAGGCGGCGGCCGGUCGCCGCAAGUGGUCGAUCGCGCCGCUAAGCGACGUCAUCGCGGUCGUCGAUGAGGAGCUCGUCUCGCACGACUUUGUCGGCCGCAAAGAGUCUUGCCUCGUCGACGUCGCCGCGACAACGCGCCUGAACGACCGAUGCUGGAAGAUCAUCUGCUUCUACGACAACGAGUACGCCUACUCGUACCGCCUCCUCGACCUCCUCGUCAGGGCAGUUGCACACAGAAGGUAG